AUGAAGGCGACCGACGUCGAUUUCAGCGAGCUCCAGCUGGGCGUCCUUGAGGGCUUCACGAAUGCCUUUCGACUCGCCAAAGAGGCGGAGAAGGACAAUGUCGUGGAAGAAGCCGUCGGUGAACUGCGCAAAAUGGCCCUCGGUGCGCUAGCAAGCCUCGCCCCGAAAGACCAGUCAGAGGUAGUCCGCAAAUGGCUCGUCAAGAAUUCUCAGAAAAAGAAGAAGAAGAAAGGCGGUUCACGGGUGAACAUCCGAGGCUGCGACCUCUGGCUGAAAGAAAACAAGGACGAUGUACACGGCCGAGCAUACGAUGAAGGAACAAGCGGACCGCUCCCAAAGUACACUCUCGCUCGCUGGGGGGCCUGGCAUGAGUUGUCGGACGAGGAGAAGGCAGAGUAUCGGAAGAGGGGCGAGGCAUUGAGGGCGCUGGUAGACGAGGAAGGAGCACAGAUUACUCCGCCUUCAAAGCCGUCGGCGUCGCUAGGCAAUGCGGUCGACAAAAAGGUCCUCGCCUUCGCGAGAAAGAUGCUCAUCGAGGAAGGCGUGUACAUGACGGUUUUGUGGGGAUCAUUAAGCACAGACCAAGGGCCGGUGCUUGGAUUGUCGGACCACAGCCUGAUUAAAGGAGUCAAGGAGACGUUUUCAGACCGGAUGAAGAAGCCCGACUGGGACCCCGCUCGCCUGUGGUACGACUGGAGCAACUUUCUGAAGGCGAUCUAUCAAGACAUACCGGCUGUCACCGUCAAGACUCUCAAGGAGAGCAAGGCCCAACGGAAGACCGCCUUCGGUUCCGUGCUCGAGCUCGAUGAGGCGACCAGCCUACCGACAAUCCCAGACACCUCUGCGCUCAAUGCCUCGAAGGGAAAGACGGUGCAGUGGUGGCAACACGCUAUCAGGGAGUUCCUGACGGUGCACUAUGCCGCUGCCUCCAAUGGGAAGAAGGCCGCAGUUCCAUACGCGAGGCUGAAGUCCCAAGGGUCACCGAAGUGCCUCGAUCGUCAGUACUGGCUCCACGACAUCGACUUCGAGGACCCCUCGAAGAUCAAGAAGGGGAACUGCAUUCGUCUCAUGCAGUUCUGGAGGGAGCUGCAGGAGGGCAAGGACGGUACGACGUCGUUCAGGUUCAGGGGCUUCCUCGACGAGGUUGACGGGGACUGGGAAUUGUUGCCUGCGGAGUAUGAAGAACACCAGGCGCGAUGGACCGCAGACGCGGCGGAGCGAGAGGCGGAGCUGGAAAGGGAAGCUGCGCGGAGGACGGAGGGCGGAGAGGGAGGGCGAGGGUCAUCUGAGGACGCUGUCGCGCAGGAAGGCGUUGGCGGCCAGAGUAGCGUGACAAGUCAGAAAAAAUCGAAGCCAAAGGCCGUGCGCAAGAAGCCCGCUCUGUCCCGAAAGGCGAAAGGAAAGCGCAGGGCACGGACAGCGUCACCCAGUGACUCGGGUUCUGACACGGACGAAGAGAAAUGGAAGAGGAUGGUUGAUGGAGCCUCCGGCGACCAGGCAUCGGAUGAGGAGCGUAGAGGUGACGAGGAGGACCGGAUGAGCAGCGGCGCUCAGGAUCUGGCUGAUUCCGACGACAGCACCGUAAUGGACUCGCAUGACCAGCUGGAGGCCUGGGCGGAGGUGGCCAAGGGUCGCUAUGUCGGAAAGGCGCCUCUGGAUGUUUCGAGCUGGAAGAAGCGUGUGUUGUACUUGGCGGGCAUGAACUUCGACAAGCGGUAUCAGGCUGCGAUACUGAACUACUACGCUGCAGUCGAGAGGUAUUCCAGGAGCUCUAAUCGGCUUAACAGUUGGUUGCCCCAGCUGCUGGAAGCCGUACCUUGGGCGACUUGGACGUGGGGCGAGCCUACUCUGCCUGAGGAAGUCCACAGGAACCCGGACGGCCUGGAACCGCUUCUCCGUAUUCUCGAGCAGAAGCCGUGGAUGCGCGGAGAGGUCGCGGCGUUGAAGGUUGUGGAGCAGGUGCUUCUGGCCGUGGGCCUUUCGCUGCGAGAUAUUGCGGACAGCCAUUUUAGCAACGACCCUGACGAUGAGGCUCCGGUCGGCAUUCCUGCCUUUGUGAACGACAGCAAGAUUGGUUUCGCUACUAGCGAGAGGCUGCUUGCCGUCAUCGAAUCCCUGGGAGACGCGAUCAUCAUUGACGGCGAGCCAGGGUCCAGCAGCUUUGAUCAAGACGUCCAGUCUGCAUUGGCCUCGACAGGCGUUAAACCGCCGGAGAGGCGGGCGCAGGACGAAUCAGCUGCGCCAGCCCCGCCUCCUGCACAAGACGUACCGUCUACAUCAGAAUCGGAAAUAUUCCGUGCUCAGUCUCCACUCCGAGCUCAAGCACUUCCCCCACACGAUGGCCCUCUCAAUGAUCCGCCCGACAUGCCGAUCGCUGAGAAGCCUCCUGUGCCCGACAGGGAGGUGGAGGCCCCCGGUCCUCAGGUUGCACCGUCGGCUCCAGAUAAUGGCAGUGAGCCUGGAGUAUUUGCCGCGCCUGCUGCAGCGGGGCAGGCAGAAAAGACGCAUGGCACACCCUCAUAUGCUGUGCCGGAGGAAGAACGGCGUGCGGGCCAGCCUCCUGUUCCGCCCUCUGCACCGAACUCAAACGACGCUCGCACAUUCCAAUCUGCGGACAACACGCGUGAGGAGCCUGCGUCUGCCCCAGACCAUGUAGACAUUGGAGAGGGACCAUCGGAUGGUGCCGCAGACAGCCUCGGCGACUCGUCUCGCAAGCGAAAGCGCUGGCUGUCGCAGGCCAAAGAAGCGGGCGGUUUGUCGGAAGAGGCGAGCAGCUUGUUGCAGCAAGCGGGCGGCUUGUCGCAAGAAGCGAGCGGUCUGUCAGAAGAGGCGAGCGGUUUGUCCCGAGCGGGCGGAAGUUCAUCUGAUAAGCCGCCUUCAAAGAGGCGAAAGUCUGUGCCGCUCCCUGAGCCCAUUCUGAACGGGAGGAGAUCCAAUAGGUUGAAGGAGGGAGGUGAGGGGCUUCGGGAGAUGCAGCGAGCGAAGACGCUUCUCGCUGCUGGUCGGGGACGCUGA